CGUCGUGGUCUUUGCUGCAAGUAUUUUUCUUUUUUCUUUUUGCCCCUGCUGAUUUGAGGAAAUGACCGAUCCAACGAGCUGAUCGAUGGUCAUGCCUGUUCCAGCAGAGGAGGAUGGUGUGGAGUCGGGCGACACGGAGGGAUGGGGGGAAGAAGGAAGGAGAGGGACAGGAGGGGGUGGGAAUGGGGAGGAGUGCACAACCUUCAUGUACAGGCAACAUGUCCUCUACAUGUGGGAGAUGAGCCUAGGCUUACCUCGAGCAUAUGCCCAAGAAGAAAGCCAAAGACUCGUACUUGCGUAUUUCGCAAUUGUUGGCUUGGACGUAUUAAAUGCGCUGCAUCUGGUCUCGACGGCGGAUGUUAUAGACUGGGUGUACUCUUUGCAGGUGGUGUCUGGUAAACUGACGGAGGAGGAAGAAGAAACUGGAACCGUGGAGAGUCCCGAUCCCGAUCCCGGUCCCGGUCCCAGUCCCAGUCCCAGUGAUCAGUCCCAUCCUUGCAUCCGAAAUGCUUCUGUCACAGAUAGAGGAGAGUGUGAUAGCAAGGAGAACCAGUCCCAGUCCCAGUCUCAUUCCCAGUCCCAGUCCCAUUCUCAGUCCCACGAUUGCACUGGUUCAAAAGCCGCAAGUGGGAAUGGCAGCAGAGGGGUCUUCGGUAACGAGGAGGGGGUAAAAAGCGAGGGGGGGGGGGGGUAUGCCAGUGGUAUAGACAAGGUAGUAGAAGGUAGUUCGAGCUCGACCUUGAAGAGGACAGGAGGAGCAGAGCAAGGAAGAGAGGAGGAUCCCUUUGGCACGAGCUCAACCACAACGGUGAACUUGACCACAAACUCGACUAUGUGCGCAGGCACUUCCAUGAACUUGAGCACGAACUCGACUACAACCGCUACCACGACCACAGAAGGAAAAAGUGCCCUUGUUGAUUGUAAACAAGGGUACAAGCAAAAAGUACCCUUGACCCGAAACUUGAAUUGUGAUGAGCGGCUACGGGCAAGGGUUGUCGAGGAUGUAGUGUACGGCUUCCGUGGAUCCCAUUCGAUUGGGAUCGGGUUCGAUCCGAAUGGUGCGAUUCCGUUGCGGCAUGAUGGCGGUCAUGUGGCUAUGACCUAUUCUGCUUUGGCGUUGCUAAGGACGCUCGGCGAUGACUUCUCGCGCGUCGAGAGAUUAGGAAUCGUCCGAACACUGCGAAAGCUGCAGCAGCCAGACGGCAGCUUCCGAGCCGUCAUGGAAAGUUCGGAGGCAGAUCUUCGCUUGGUCUUCUGCGCGGCAGCGAUCUCGCAUUUCCUCGACGACUGGAGAGGAAUGGACGUUGGUGCAGCAGUUGGUUUCAUCAGAAGGAGCCAGUCGUACGAUGGGGGCUUCGGGCUGUGCCCGGGGUUGGAAGCUCACGGAGGGGCGACGUACUGUGCGGUUGCGUCUCUUAAGCUCUUGGAGAAAGUUUGGAGGCCUGAACUGGAAGGAAAUGGCAGGAACGGGGGAGGACGGGAAGAGCUGCGGCCACGGAUGGUACACGAACACGACGGCGUGCUGACAUCGAGCUGGGCUGAUGAGGUGGUGUUCCCCACCACCGCGACCACCCUGUGCGGGGUUGACGUGGGUCGUGUGAUUGCGUGGUGCUUGCGGAGGCAGACCGCUUGCGGCGGUUUUGAUGGCCGAACGAAUAAGCAGGCCGACACUUGUUACGGCUUCUGGGUGGGUGCGAGCCUGCACAUUUUGCAGGGCUACGAGCUUUUCGACCACGAGAAGUUGCACGAGUUCUUGCUCAGCAACCAGGACGAUGACGGCGGAUUCGGACGCACGUCCACGGAGGUUCCAGAUUUGUUCCAUUCUUUUUAUGGGCUUUUGGCAAUUAGCCUGCUGGGGGAGAGCGGACUGAAGCCCAUCUGUCCCGAACUAGGGAUUACGCUCCAAGCUGCGGAAGGAGGAGGAGGAGGAGGAGGAGGAGGAGGAGGAAUAUAUGGUGGGUGAGCGACAAACUGUUUGUUGUCUAUUUUUGUUGACAACUAACAACAACAACAACGACUACGGGAUUACGCUCAACAACAUCAACGGGACUUACUCUUACGUACCUACCUUACGGGGAAAGAGCUUUCCGGUAAGGCACUUAAGGAGACCGUACCUACCUAACGGGGAAAGAGCUUUCCGGUACGGCACUUAAGGAGACGACUUGGAGCUGGGGCUUCGUUAUGUACGUGCGUUGCAUGUGUUGAUAUAUAGUCCUCGAGGAAGGUCCGUAGCGACCUGAUGGGAUCAGAAUUCAGCCGUUGAUGGAUGUUCAUGAUCAGGGGCCACUGGAGGCCGGCGUGAGAGCAAAACGACGUCACUUUUCCAGUUGUUGUGUCAUUCAAUCGGCGGAAUGUGAAUUUCGCUCAGCCUAAUGAAUGAAUGGGCAGAGUACCAUCUGUUAGAAAUUCCAGCAGGUUGUGGUGAAGGAUUCUCUUGUCGCCCUUGUCCCAGUUCCUCGUCUUGUUCCACUUGUCCCACUUGUAGCAGGUCCUUCUUUUGUCCCACUUGUCCCACCUGUCCCAGAUCCUUCUCUUGUCCCACUUGUCCAAUUUGUCCCAGUUCCAUUAUCGCUGCAGUUAUUAUUGCAUUUCUAUGUCCUGGGGAAGAUGCUGGUGGUUCGCAAUAUUCGCAGCCUAUACGCAGAUAUUUGUGGACGUGCACAUACCAGGCUUUGCACUUGUCUGUGCUCGUUCUUCUCGUUUUGCUAGGGUUUAAGCUCUUGCAGACCGAGCGCUCGAAGGCCUAACCCCCCCAAAUCCCAAACUCCCAGCCCCAAACCUCAAACCCCAGACCCCAAAGCCUGGUAUGCAUACGACCACCGAUCUCUGCGCAUUGUUAUAAGACUCUGAAAUUCUGAAUCUAGCAUACUGCCGCUGUCUUCCCCAGACAUCCCUUUCCUGUGGAGUUGUUGAAUGUAUCAGCGAACACAAAACACAACACAGUGGGUGUGUAGAGUGGGCUUUAUGGCCUGUCUUAAACAGCAUCGCUAGCACUGGAGGGACUUUGUUUAAAAAAAAAAAAAAAAAAAAAAAAAAAAAAAGACUGGCCUUUAUGGCGGUGACAGAGACUAUGGUAGUUCCGUGGACUUACUGGCCUUCUUGUCAGGGGUUUGGGUUUGGCUUGACUGUCUGCUAGGUUUGCAGGGCCUGUGAUCACUUUUCUCUCUCUCAGGGGUAUGGCUCUAACUCUGGGCGACGGGGUGAGUGCUCAUCCAUCAGUCAAAUGCAUGCUUGACACUGUUCGCCUAGCCCGGCUAGGUUCAACCUCCUUCCUGACGAGUCCUUGAAAGUCUGAUAAAACCGUCAGGUACAG